GCGCAGUGAGCCAAGAAAAUGGCGUCGGUGGCCGAGAAGCUGAAGAAGCUGAAACCAACGGGCAAGAAUGUGGUAGAGAAGUAUAAAGAGGUACUAGACUUUGCCCUGAUCUCCGUGAAAAGUUCCGGGGAGCAGCAGCAAGGGAUACAGCUGUUCUUGACGGCCGUCUCUGACGAGGCACUUGGCAUUGUCAAUUCCAAGUCUCUUCUGAGUGCCUUUGCGGAAAGCAUCCCUGGAAUAAGGGACGAUGGAGUGGCGAGGAGCGUGAGUGAGUUUGCUCUGGCCAGGAUCCAGGGGCGGAUCGUGUCUUUCGAGGAGCAGGCGACCCAGAUACGGCUGGCCUUGGCAACGGUGUUAGAAAGACAGCAAGAGUUAAGAGCCAGCGCCGAGGCUCUCUGUGGCAUUCCAAUGGAGAGUGGACAAAAGAUAUACAGUGCCACAUUCAAGAUGGAGGUGUACCUGAGGAUUGCUAAGUUGUUUUUGGAGGAAGGGGAGCACGUGUCAGCCGAGGCCUACAUCAACAGAGCCGGCAUGCUCCAGUCAGACGUUGAUCAAAACAGUCUCCACGUCAUCUACCGAAUGUGCUCUGCGAGAAUGGCCGAUUUUCGACGCAAGUUCACUGACGCUGCUAGAAGAUACAUCCACCUGUCCUACGAUCCUGCCAUCCACCCUGACGAGAAACAGUUUCUGCUCAAGUGUGCCAUGAUAUGUGCCAUCCUAUCACAGGCAGGCCAGCAACGCUCCAAGCAGUUGGCUACUCUGUAUAAAGACGAGAGGUGUCAACAGCUGCCAGCCUUUAGCCUCCUGGAGAAGAUGUAUCUGGACCGCAUCAUCAGACCUGUGGAAAUGGAGGAUUUUGCAGCUCUCCUGGCCCCCCAUCACAAGGCAACUACAGCGGAUGGCUCCAGCAUCCUGGACAGAGCAGUGAUUGAGCACAACAUCCUCUCAGCCAGCAAACUCUACAACAACAUUUCAUUUGAAGAGUUGGGUCGACUGCUGGCAAUUCCUCCCGCCAAGGCAGAGAAAGUGGCAGCUCGGAUGAUAUCCGAGGGGAGGAUGAGUGGCACCAUAGACCAAAUUGAUGGAAUUGUCUACUUCAAGAAGCAGGAGAUGAUGGUGGUUUGGGAUGGCAGGAUCCGCAACGUCUGUUUCCUACUGAACUCCAUUGUGGACAACAUCAGUGCCUGCCACCCACAGUGGCUCGCCGCAUCACUAGACGAACAAAUGGCUCACUAG